AUGCAGCAGCGUCUGAUGGAUCUUUUGGCAAUGAGAAGCCCUGGAAAUCAGUUUAACGAUGCAGGGUCUGGGGAUGUGAAGCUGACUUUGAGUUCAAAUGAUGGUCUCAGUAUUUCUAUAAGUGUUCAUAGGCAGAUUCUUGUGGAUCACAGUGGAUUUUUUGCUCUGAAAUUGAAUGAGAAGUGGAUUAAGCAGCAGAGGAGCUCUGGGCCGUACGAAGUGGAGAUUGUUGAUUGUGAUGACAUAGAGGUUUCUGCAGCAAUUGUGUUUGAUGCGGGCGUGUUGUCUUGUUUGGAGUACUUGGAGGCUGCUCCAUGGGCCGAAGAUGAGGAAGAGAAGGUAGCUUUGCUGUUAUCGGAGCUUCGGCUUGAAGGGAUUGGAGCAGAGGAAGUUCUGAAGAGGGUUUUUCUUGAUGUCACACCAGGUGUUGACGGUAGGAGUGACAAUGAAGUGCUUAUCAAGCUAUUGCAGCUUGCAAUGGGUGUUUGCAGCUGCUUCGCCUUCAUUUUUAAUGCAGCAGAAGCUGACAUGCAGAAUGUUGGUCAAAUAGCACGGCAGGCAGAUAAUUUGCACUGGCUAUUAGAUAUUCUGAUUGAUAGACAGAUUGGUGAGGAUUUUUUGACGACAUGGGCGUCUCAGUCUGAAUUGUCUAAAGUACAUUCUAAAGUGCCCGCGAUCCACAGGUACGAGGUGACGAUUGUCCCAAUAUCCAGAGAGGCUUUGAAGUUUGGUGGAGGAGCAUUCUGGAGGCGUAAUGCUGAGCCUGAGAGGUCUCGUCAGAUACAGAUAAUGACUGCCACAAUAGAAAACUCGUAUUCCUGUCGUGUAUUUCUUGAGGUUCGAGUGAAGAUGGUGUAUGUUAGGAGUUUUAAGCUUACAUGUCCUGUUUCUCAGUGUUCUUUAUUUUUUCUGAAUAGUGAUAUUCUUUUCUAUUGGCUUAUUGAAGUAUCGAUUUUCAGCCUAAAAUACUUGGUUCUGGUGGAAGUGCUUUAG